AUGGUGCCUUCAUCUUCGUUCCUCCUGAACUUUGCUCUACCGCUGGCACUGGGCAUUUGUCUUCGGUCAUCUACAAUUUUACACCCCCACUCCGGUAUGGGAACCCCUCCCAUGUAUGGCGACUAUGAAGCCCAGCGUCAUUGGAUGGAGAUAACAGUGAACCUUCCCUCCACCGAAUGGUACUGCAACACGACGUCCAAUGAUCUCCAGUACUGGGGGUUGGAUUACCCUCCACUCACUGCCUACCACAGUUACCUGCUCGGGCGUAUCUCCCGCCUGAUUAAUCCUGCUUGGACUGAAUUGCAUACUUCCCGUGGUAUUGAGACCCCAGAGCACAAACAAUUCAUGCGUCUUACCGUUCUUUUCUCUGAUGUCUUUUCAUUCAUGUUGGCCGCGCUCCUCUUUUGUGGUGUAGCAGCGAAACAUUUGGCCAGUAAGGUUGAACUGUCAGGUCUUUCUGUUGCUGUACUCAUGAUGUCUUUUCCAGGACUUAUCCUAGUUGACCAUGGCCACUUUCAGUACAAUUGUGUCAGCCUCGGUUUAUUUUUGGCAAGCGUGGUCCUGUUUUCGAGGAAUUUUGAUGUAUGCGGUGGCAUAGCGUUUUGCUUGGCAAUUUUGUACAAACAAAUGGAACUUUACCAUUCAUUACCGAUAUUUUUUUUCCUCCUCUCAAAAUGCCUUCGUCAAUCCCUAACUGCUGGUCUAACUCAUCUUUCGAUACUGGGGACAGCUGUUUGCUCAACAUUCACUCUGGUUCUUUUGCCAUUCCUCACUCCGGUUGACCAAUUAAAGCAAUUAGGCGCACGGGUGUUCCCCGUGAACAGGGGCCUCUUUGAGGACAAGGUUGCGACUUUUUGGUGUGUUUCUUCAGUUCUUUUUAAGUGGAAGGACUUAAUUCCGGCCAGUGGAAUUUUGAUUUACUGUUUUGCAGCGACUCUUUUCGCCUCUCUUCCUGCCUGUAUACUCUUAUUUAAGAGACCUACCUUACUUCGACUAGUCUUAACUGAAGCCAUCGUCUCACUUGCCUUUUUCUUGUUUUCCUAUCAUGUUCACGAAAAAUCAAUACUCCUUGUUGCAAUUCCGGUACUUUGCCUCCUCCCAGUAUUUCCUUUGUCGUCUAUUUACUUCCUAAUUGUAUCGACACUAAGUAUGUGGGAGCUAUUUCAGAAAGAUGAUCUUUCUCUUGCCUGCAUUGCCCUGGUGUCAAUAUUCCACGCUAUCAGCGCCAUAUGUUUGGCUACGGACUCGGCUGCGAAAGUUAAAGUGUCUCUCAUUCACUUCUGGCCACAAACUGUUUCCUUAUUGGGUUUCUUCAUCAUUUUUAUUUCCGAAGCUCUUAUUCGACCCCCUGACAGAUACCCUUUCCUUUUUCCGCUCAUUUUAAGUGCGUAUAGCUUUGUACAUUUCGUGGGAUUUUCCGUCUUUUGGUACACCCAGCUUUUGCAACUUGAGUAG